AUGUCGUCAACAACCUUAACCGUAACGGGCUCCGCAUUGCCCCCUUCGUCACCGGAAGCUUCUGAACGUCAGCGUUGCUGGGAAUGCCUUCGGAGACGUCUAGUCUGUGACGCUACCAAGCCGAUCUGCAACAAAUGUCGAGUGGCAGGCAUUGUUUGCCCUGGCUACGACGAUAAGAAACCGCUCACUUGGCUGGCACCUGGCAGGGUUACCUGCCGCACCCGCCGCAAGCCUCCUAACGCAGAGAAAGAAAGCGGCCCUGGGAAGCCCGUUAAGGCAAACCAGAAGACAUUAGCGAAGGGCAUGGGAAGAGUUCUGAGUGAGAAAGAAAAAGAGAUGUUCGACGGCGUUGAAUGCCUCUUCCACUCAGAUCUAAGGACGGACGUAUGUGACGUCUAUGAUGCCGUUCAAUACUACAAUCUUGUUUUCUAUCCGUACACCAAAGCUGGGCACACGGGCAAUGCGAACGUUUACAUUGAUGAGAUACCUUUGAAGGUUGUCAAAUACUUGCCGACGGCCAUUGCACAUAACCUAGUGUCUAUUGUGUAUCAACAUCGGAUGCGUGUGCAGAUGGACUGGAAAUUCGACUGUCCUUCCGCCAAACAUGCUCAAGCUCGGCUGCAUCACCACCGGGGGAUUUCUAUCCGGGCCCUCAACGAAGACAUCGCCAACGAGAAGACGCAGAGUAAUGAUGCUGUACUUACAGGUGUCAUUCUGCUACUUGAGUCGGAAAUUGUAUCAUGCAUAUCGCCAAAUUGGAAACACCAUGCCUCUGGACUUCUCGCCAUGCUUGCAUAUCGCGGUGGUGCGACAGGAUGGAGCAAGUCCUCGAAACACUUGAGUCCCAUUCUCCUGGCAUUCGUGGUAUCGAUGAUAACUGCAAAUACAACGAGCCCACCCUUCGAUCAAGUGGUCAUCUGUCCUCAUGAAGAGCUCAUGGACUUGGUAAAAGAAUUAUACCCUCUAGGGCUGCACCCAUACGUGCCCUUUCCAAUGCCGCUCUUUAUGGAUGUGAUUCGGAUCAACCAUCUCCGAUUACAGACCUCAACUGGGCUGAUGAGCAAAGAAACAGCAAGAGUCGCUGCAUACGAGACCAUCAACAGAAUUGAGAGCUUCGAUCCAGAAGCCUGUGGUGGUUUCUACGAAAACAAAGAACUGGAUAACAUGGUUGAGUUCAUGUUUCAAUCCGCUGUCGCCAUCUUCUGCAUCUCCUCCAUGCAGAGCCUUGGAAUCCUUCCCAGCACACACCACCUUGCAGUCGUAAGAACUGCGCACAGCAACAGACUGUACUCUUUACUGCAGAAGGCGGAAAAACAUGAAGUAUUGAAGAAGUCAAUUCAGUGGCCGUUAAUCGUUGCGGGUGUUGAAGCGGGAGCAAGGGUAGACAAACGGCGAUUUGUAGGAGAAGUGUUUGUGGGCCAGGGUAAGGACAUGGGCUCACCGCUCUCUUUAUACGCCAAAGGGGUAAUGCGUAGAUUCUGGGAUAAAGACGACACAAAUUGGGAUACUUGUUUUGACCAGCCUUACGCGUUGGUAUCUUAG